UUUUUUGUUUGAAGAAGAUGACUCUAAACUGGCAAUCAUUUGCCAUUAUCAUUUUAUUAUACUGAAAUAGAACGUAAAUCCAGAAUCACUGAGGCCAAAUCUGAGGUUAGCUUCAGUGGAGUAUUGGUGCUACCUGCUGGUAAUGCAUAGUAGUGUCAUUCCAAUUUGCUUCAGUUCUUUCUUCUUCAUUCAUUUUCAUCUGUUCGUGUUGUUCAAUUAUUCAUACUGAAGAUUUUGCUUUGGGCAAAGAGAGAAUUUGAUCAUGCCAGCGUGAACCCUUGAUUCAUUGCUUCACUCCUCUGCCAGGAACUGAAAUCCUGGACCUUCAACACAUGGGGUCAUGUACGAGUAAUUCUCUUUAUGAGUUGAUAAGAUAAGAUGGUGCAUCUUUGAGGUGUCGUAAAAGCAGACUCAGACUGAUGGUAAUCUGCCUCUUCUUUUGACACACUUGUGUGAGCAUUACUUUUGUAGAAGGCGUCAUACAAUUAAUUUCUACACUUAAAGCCAAGGCCAGAUGAGUGAUCGGCCACUCUGAGCCUUCCACUUUUGAAGGUUUCAUCCUUCGCUUGUGCAGGCCAGACAUCAUCAUGCAUUUGUUCUGCGUGGUUAUCUUGGGACUGAUUGUCAGCACUCCUUCUGCUGCAGCCCCGUUAGGAGUUUUUGUUUCUGGGCUGCCGUCUGUCCUCGGUAGAGCAACUCGGAACAAGCUACUGCUCAUCUCCUUCGAUGGUUUUCGCUGGGAUUACGACCGAGAUGUGGACACCCCUAAUCUGGAUCAAAUGGCCCAAGAUGGCAUAAAAGCGGAAUAUGUCACGCCACCUUUCCUCACCAUCACCAGCCCCACACACUUUACCCUGCUUACAGGGCGCUAUAUAGAAAACCAUGGAGUCAUCCACAACAUGUGGUUCAACACGACGACUCAGGAGAAGAAGCAGUACUACAUGACACAGUUUGUUGAUUCCUAUUGGGACAACGGCAGCUUGCCCAUCUGGAUAACAGCACAGAGACAGGGACUAAAAGCUGGCUCACUCCAUUUUCCUGGGACCGCUGCAACCUACAAAGGAGAAACUGUCAGGGUGAGAGAGGUGGAACCUCGUUUCUAUGACUAUUCAAACGAGACCGAAUGGAGGCAUAACAUCGACAAGGUGAUUGGAGAAUGGUUCCACCAGCAGGACCUGGACUUUGUCUCCUUGUACUUUGGGGAACCAGACAAAGUUGGCCACAAAUAUGGACCCGAUUCUCCGGAACGGCGAGAGAUGGUCCAGCAAGUGGAUCGAACUGUAGGGUACAUCCGGGACAAGAUCCAGUACCACGGUCUAACUGACCGACUCAACAUCAUCAUCACUGCUGACCACGGAAUGACAAAUGUCUUUCGGGGUGAACAAGUUCAAGAGAUCAUCCUGUCUAAGAUAGCAGGCUUUAGCUUUAGAGACGUCAAAUUUCAUCUUGUGGAUUACGGCCCGGCUGGGAUGCUGCUUCCUAAAGAAGGAAAGCUGGAGAAGGUCUACCAGGCUCUAAAGGGAGGUCACCCUCGUCUUCACGUGUAUAAGAAGGAGGAGAUGCCAGAAAGGCUUCAUUACGGAAAUCACCCUCGACUACUUCCCAUCAUCCUCUUUGCCGAUCCUGGAUAUGUAAUCAAUGGGCUAUUUCCUGUGCAGUUUCACAAAGGAGAGCACGGCUUUGACAAUCAAGUGUUGGACAUGAAACCUUUCUUUCGGGCAGUGGGACCUGACUUCAAGCAAAACCUGGUGGUUGGACCCUUUGAAACAGUCAACGUGUACCCACUGAUGUGUCAUCUGCUUGGGAUAGAUCCAGAGGUCAACGACGGGCACCUAACUAAUACCAAGCACAUGCUGAAAAAAACAGGAGAAGCCAAUUACGGUGAAAAACGCACUACUUGGUCACAAAUUGUCACUGGCUUAUCAGCAGUGACAGGGUUUCUGGCAUUGGUGUUUGUCGCAGUUAUCUCGCACACCCUGAAUAAAAGGAACUCAGCAAGGAAGAGGUCAAAACAGAGGAAAACUGCCAAUGCAGAGGAAACCAAGAAGCAAACCAGUUUUUGAGCAAUCACAUGGACAUCUGUGUUUAAUUUUACUGUUUUGCAUUGCAUGAAUUAACCCUUGCGCAGUUUCAUAUCAUAGGAGUAAAGUGCAUCAUAAUCAAUUCUAACCAUAGAAUCAAUUACUUUUUCAAGGAGUGACUUAUUAAUUACAAGUGGAGGAUAAAGUACGUCAUUCAUG